UUCGUCGCUCCCAUCCCGAGCCAGUCGACCUUGCAGGUUUCCGAACCAUUUUCCUCAAUCUCGACACUUCUUCGCCCGCCCUGUCAUCCGUGCCAGCUUACACUAGCUCGCUCAGUCGCGGGAUACCCGACAGAGCGGACGAGUGCAGGGUACCCGAAGGCAUCUGCUUCGUUGUUCAAUAUUAUUUCCCUUGCUAAGUAAGUGGUCCAGGCAACCGCGGUAUAAAGCCGGUUCCCAAGCUCGACCACGUUUUUUUUUUCCUUCGCCUUUCGAAACGCAUCUUCUUUUAUUUCCUUUCCGCAACCGACAGCUUUGAGUCCUCGUUCCCACGACUCCCACGCCGUCCGCAAUGGCAGCAAAGCAGGUGCACUUGGUUCCGCGCAUGAGCGCGACGCCUCCCUUCUCGGUCGAGGUGCCCGGCCAGCAACCCGUCGAAGGCGAAACUCCCGUUCGCAGGCACCCCCUCGCCGUCAAUGGCUUGUACACCAAGCCCAACGAUGAGAUCACGACCGUCCACGAGCUCGUCCGCGUGAGCGUCGCCAAGUUUGGUAAUGCCAAGUGCAUGGGCUCGCGCAAGCUGCUGCGGACCCAUCAGGACAAGAAGAUGGUCAAGAAGGUGAUCAACGGCGAGGAGCGCGAGGUCGAGAAGUCGUGGACCUUUUUCGAGAUGAGCCCGUACGAGUACAUUAGCUACACCGACUACGAGCGCUUGACCCACCAGCUCGGUGCCGGUUUGCGCAAGCUGGGCCUCGUCAAGGACGACCGCCUUCACAUCUACGCCGCCACGAGCCAGAACUGGCUGGCCAUGGCCCACGGCGCCGGCUCGCAGAGCAUGCCCAUCGUCACGGCCUACGACACGCUGGGCGAGGAGGGCCUGCGGUACUCGAUGGUCGCCACCAAGGCCAAGGCCAUCUUCCUGGAUCCCCAUCUCCUGCCCACCCUGACCAGCGUCCUCGCUGUAGCCACCGAGAUUCAACACGUCAUCUGGAACGACCAGCACCAGCUCAAUCCCGAUCACGCCGACAAGCUCAAGGAGUCGUACCCUCACAUCAACAUCCUCAGCUUCGGCGACCUGCGGAAGUUGGGCGAGGAGAACCCCGUCGACGUGGUUCCGCCCAAGCCCGACGACCUCUGCUGCAUCAUGUACACCUCCGGUUCCACUGGUACGCCCAAGGGUGUGCCGGUGACGCACGCGGCCGUGGUUGCGGCUGUUGCCGGCGCCAGCCCGAUCGUCGAGGAUUUUAUUGGACCCGGAGACGGUCUUUUGACGUAUCUGCCGCUGGCGCAUAUUCUCGAGUUCGUCUUCGAGCACGCCGCCAUCUACUGGGGCGCUACCCUAGGCUACGGCAACCCCAAGACGCUCUCCGACGCAUCGGUACGCAACUGCAAUGGCGACAUUCGCGAGUUCAAGCCUACUGUCCUGAUCGGCGUCCCGGCCGUCUGGGAGACGGUCAAGAAGGGCAUCAUUGCCAAGGUCAAUGCCGGCAGCCCCGUUGUCCGAGGACUCUUCUGGGGCGCAUUGGCACUCAAGGAGAGGCUGAUGGCCUUGGGGCUUCCGGGUAGCGGCGUCCUGGACGCCGUCGUCUUUAAGAAGAUCAAGGAGGCGACAGGCGGCCGCAUGAAGCUGUGCCUGAGCGCCGGCGGUCCCGUCUCCAAGGAGACGCAGAAGUUCAUCAGCAUGGCCAUCUGCCCCAUGAUCAUCGGCUACGGCCUCACCGAGACGACGGCCAUGGGCACGCUGCAGAACCCGCUCGAGUGGACUCCGGAAUCCAUCGGCGCCAUGACGGCCUCUGUCGAGGCUAAGCUGGUCGACUUCGCGGACGCCGGAUACUUCGCCACCAACAAGCCGAACCCCCAGGGCGAGAUCUGGCUGCGCGGCCCCACGGUGCUCUCCGGCUACUACGACAACGACAAGGAGACGGCCGAGGCCCUUACCGAGGACGGCUGGUUCAAGACGGGCGACAUCGGCGAGUGGGACAAGAAUGGCCACCUCAAGAUCAUUGACCGCAAGAAGAACCUGGUCAAGACGCUCAACGGCGAGUACAUUGCGCUCGAGAAGCUCGAGUCCAUCUACCGCUCGGCCCCCGUCGUGGCCAACAUUUGCAUCUAUGCCGACAUCUCCAAGGCCAAGCCCAUCGCCAUCAUCGUCCCGGCCGAGCCCGCGCUCAAGAAGUUGGCCGCGUCAAUCGGCGUCCAGGGCGAGACCCUCGAAGCGCUGGUCCAUGAUAAGAAGCUGCAAGGCGCCGUCCUGAGGGAGCUCCAGAACGCGGGCCGCGCUGGUGGCCUCUCGGGCAUCGAGAUCAUCGAGGGCGUCGUUCUUGUGGAGGACGAGUGGACUCCGCAAAACGGCCUCGUCACAGCUGCCCAGAAGCUCAACCGCAGGGGCAUUCUCGACAAGUACAGGAAGGAGGUCACCGAGGCAUAUGGCGCCUCGAGCUAGGUACUCGUGGAAAAGGAAUGACUGCCGGUGACCCAGAUGAAGAAGAAGAAGAAGGAGGAGGAGGAGUGGCGGUGUUGGUUGGAAGUGGGCAGCGUGAUUUUGUGACUAUUACUUGUGAUAUACUAUUCCCCUCGGUAUGGUUUGUAUGGGGUUGUCGGUCUGUUGCCGUUGUCCGUUCGAUAUCACUGACUGGCUGCCUCAGGGUGCUUUGGUUGGGUCUGGUUCUUAGCUAGGUUAGUGUCUUGUCUAUCAGCGCGUCUCGUUGCCGAUAUCCCUCGUUAGCAUCGUUCAUGUGUCCUUCUAAGGUUAUUCUCGGGAGACUUAAAAAAAAAACGGCAGGAACCCCAAAAAGUUCUUUCGUGCGACAGCCUGAAUUCGAGCAGGCUACCAAGGUUCUCUGACCCAAACACGCCCGGGGUUAGUAUGACGGUAACUCGUUGCCCCCUGAGACACGGCGGC